AUGGAUAACAAACUAAACCAGAAUGUGGGCAACGCGUAAGAUUCUGAAGGUUUUUCAGGAAAUGAACGCGUUUUUUUUGCAGAAUCGCCAAUACGGGAGCCGCCGGAAUCGCAGUGGCCGAUCGGAAUGGAGUUCCGAUACGUACUCUCGGCGACGUUGGGGUUAGUGGCCGCAAAUUGAGGAAAAACUGAAAAUUCAGCUAUUUCAAAAAGAAAAAGUCAUUUGCGUGCUCUGAAGUUAGAAGUGAAAUUCCAGAUAAUGAGUCGAAACUAGAGUGUUCUCUGAAAUUUCAAUGAAAUUGCAGGACGUCGCAACGAUCGGAUCGCUUCUGAUCGCCGACGCGAAGAGUAUGUUCCCGAAGGGCACGCGCAACAAGAAGAACAGCUACCCGAUUGUGACGCUGCACUCGUCGGACGGCUCCAAAACGGUGGUGGCCAACAAGCACGGAGAGACCGUUUCACUCAAUUUCCGCUAAAUUCCAUGAUGAUUUUCUCCUCAGUUUUCAUGUAAAUAGUUGACAUUCCUCGGCUUGGAAAACUUGAAAGUUCUGCAUCUUUUCUUUCAACUAAAAAUUCCCUUUCCAAGUUCAUAUUUUUGAAACGCGUAUUAGUCAGAAAGUAUUUAUUUAGGUAGAGUAAAACAGUUCAGAAUUUGUCAGGCAGCUCAUCCUUUAUAAUGUGAAACAGAUCCAAUACGGAAUGAACGGUUAGCACCGGUUUUUGUCCUCUUUAACUGUUAAAUUGAAUACGAAAAUGUCUUCGAUGAAGUCGACGACCUGAAAAAAUUUGUAACGUAGCUAGGACGCAAUGCUGUGCAUAUGAGUACAUAAAAAUCUUUACCGGGGGGUUAUUCAGGGUAUGUUUUUUAUUUGAAAACAAUAAAAAACAAAAUACAACUAACUUUAGCAUAUCGAUAGAACUUCAACCUUACUUAGGUCUCUUAGGUCUCUCGGUGUGUCUGGCUGUUUCGGAUCGGAUUGAGCUGAGGUUGACAUCGAAGAAGAAGUUCCGGCAGACGAGGCAAAGACUGGGUAGAAGCUGCAAGAGCGAAAUUUCAGAAUUUUAAUAUUAGGGCUGAAUGGUUUUCUCGUGAUGGAACUUUUUCUGAAAACAUCGAUUGAUUCAAAGAUUUGUCUUACUUUUUCACCGAAUAAGUUCAGUAUUGAGUGGAAUAGUUGAAGAAAUUGAAAAAAAAUAAGGGGGGCGGAAACGGCAGAGGUGAGAUCCCGAGUGAGAUCACGAACACUCUGCCGCCGGCCGAUCUUGGUGCCGUCGGGGAACGCGAAUGAUUCGUUUUUUGGGCCGAACUGUCGAACGACGUGGAAAGAGACGGAGACGGCGAGAGCAGGGCGCUGCUGACGCUUUUCCCGUGCUCUCGCCACGUAGCUUGACGCGAUAUCAUCGUUGGGUAUCAGUUAUUAUAGGGGCACCGCACAGAAAUGGCGCUCUGUUGAGCAACUCUUCUUGCAGUGCAAAUUGAGCGACCUCGGCGCCGAGUGGCACAUGAACUCACAAUUCAAAAAGCCGCUCAACAGACGAUGGACACAUUUAAGCCCCGACAAGAAGUUCAAACACGAAAUUGACCAUAUCCUGGCCAACGGACGUUUUGUAACAGAUGUCUCGGUGCUCCCCUCGUUCACGAACGGUAGCGACCACAGUCUCCUCCGCAGCAACCUGCACAUGAACACCAGCGUCGCAAGACACGAGCAGGUCAAGAGGAGGAAGCCCCCGAAAAGAGUGCUGGACCCGGCCAUUGCCCACGCUCUGAGCCAAUCGACAAUAGUUCAAACGAGCCCAGACAUUGACAAAGACUACCAGAAUCUUGUCGAUGCGCUCAAAGAGCUACGGAGCCAUCCAACCACUCAACCAAUCUGA